UAAGCGCGGAGGGAGAGAUGGAUCGGGCAGGGACGACGGAAUCGAAUCAAGCUCGAGCUCGACGAGGGAAGAAGCCCGGGAGAGGAACUCGGUCACAUGCGCGUCGAGCGGGAAGGGGCAGGACAUGUAGCGCAGCCGGCGGAAGAUGGAUCUGCCCGGGCUGGUCGAGCGCGGGGGGUCGGCGAGCACCCAGCUGGCGGCGGCGUCGACGCGGAGGGUGAGCGAGACGAGCUCGGUCAUGUUGGCGACGGCGCGGGCGAGGAGCCGGUAGGGCUCGGGGUCGGCGCCGGAAUCGGCCCCGAGCGUGAUGUAGAAGCUUCGGACGAGCUGGGCGAUGUCCGGCCGGGCGGCGAGGGUGCGGAGCAGCUGCAGCUUGCGGUGGGCGUCUUCUGGGACGCUUGCGGGGGGGAGGUGCAGCUCCGGGUGGCGGUAGAGGUGGCGGAUGGCGGCGUCGGAGACCUGGCAGGAGAUCCUGGCGAGCGUGGCGAGGUCGCGGGGCGGGGCAUGGGAGGAGAUUGCGUGGAGGAGCUCGGUGGGAAGGAUGGAGAAGGACAUGGCGGAUGCGGCGAGAAGAGAAGGGCCCUGGGCUUAUAAGUCCCUGGGGCGGUGGAUGAGCAGGGGCGUUAGAUGAGCAGGGGUGCUCUAAGACAGAACCGAACACGGGUGGCCAUCAGAGCGCCCGGGUGGUAAUAACCCAUCGCAUGAGCAACUAAAACACCGAAACUCGUCGUCGACCAGCCCGACGGCCGUUCCCGAGCAGCCACAGCCUCUGCUGCUCCCGCUCUCAUGCUCCCAGCUCUCGCCAGCGCCCUCCGCGCACGACGCCUCCCACCCGCCCCAGCCAGCCUGCGACGAGCGCUCUCCGCACACAGCGCGCCGUGGCCCACCGCGCGACCCGCCGCACCCUACCGCGGCCCUCUCCCCCACAGGACCCACAACUGCGUCUCGCUGGCCGAGGCGGGUACCGACGAGCACGUCGUGCUCUCCGGCUGGCUGCUCCACGAGCGCAAGGUCAACCGGAACUGGUCCUUCUUUGAUCUCAGAGACUCUCGGGGCACCGUCCAGCUCGUCGCCUCGGGCAGGGGCGAUGCCCCCGUCCUGCCGGACCUCGCCCAGGUGCCCGUGGAGAGCCCCGUGCUGAUUCGGGGCUCCGUGCGACGGAGGCCCGAGAAACAGAGAAAGCCUGGCGACCCGCUGGGCGAUAUCGAGGUCCUCGUGCAGGACUUCAUACUCCUCAACCCUGCAGACCGCGAAUUGCCCUUUGUGCCUCACGAACACUGGAACUUGCCGAACGACGACCUUCGCGCCAAGUAUCGCUACCUGGACUUGCGACGGCCCUCUAUGGCCGAGAACUUGCGUAAACGAAGCAAAGCGGCCCAUGUCAUUCGCUCGGUCCUUCAUCACCUCGACUUCAUAGAAGUCGAAACGCCGAUACUGCUCAAGUCUUCGCCCGAGGGCGCACGCGAGUUCCUCGUGCCCACACGUCUCUCCUCGUCUUCCUCGGAGCCGACGUUCUGGGCUCUGCAGCAGUCGCCCCAGCAGCCCAAGCAGCUGCUCAUGUGUUCUGGUGCGGUCGAGAGGUACUUCCAGAUCGCACGCUGCUUCAGGGACGAGGACGGGAGGAAAGACAGGCAGCCCGAGUUCACGCAAGUCGAUCUGGAAAUGGCGUUCGUCUCGUGGGGCCCCAAACAUGGCGACUCGCCCGACGCCACGAGCGCGAGCGACUCGGCGCGGUGGCGAAUCGGCGGGCACGAGGUCCGCGACGUGAUCGAAACGCUGAUCAGGAAGCUCUGGAAAGAAGUCGCCGGCGUCGCCGUAACCGCGAACCCGUUCCCGGUCAUGACCUACCAUCAGGCGAUGACUUCCUACGGCUCCGACAAGCCGGACGUCCGCUUCGGACUGCAGCUGUCGGAUAUCACGUCUUGCUUCUCCGAGGACGCUCGUAGAGUGCUGGAAGCGUCCGGCGAUGCGAUUGAAUGCCUCGUCGUCCGAUCCGGGGAUGGCGCGUUCGUCAAGGCCGCCUCUGUAUUGGAUGCGUCCUUCGCCGGUGCUGAACGAUUAAUCGUCGCCAAAGAGGACGACGGGUCAUGGUUAUCGGAUAGUGCGACCAUCCGAGGCAGUUUCCCCGCGGAGAAGCUCGCAGCAGAACAUGAAAGGGGUCCCUCGGAGGUAACUAACGCCGUCUCGAGCCUCCUUCGAGUCCAGGCAGGAGAUAUCGUCUGGCUGGCUCGCCGGAAAGCAGUGCCGGAGGGAGGAUGGACUUCCUUGGGGAGAGUGCGCGUCGCUUUGGCUGAGAAAGCACAGGAGCUAGGUGAUUAUUGCCCCCCACCCGCACCGCACUUCCUAUGGGUGACCGAAUUUCCGUUGUUCACCCACGCGGAUGAGGACAAGGAUUUCCUCGCGCACGGCCGGUGGAGCAGCUCGCACCAUCCGUUCACUGCACCCAUGAUGGAGGAUAUAGAUGCCAUGUAUGCUGGCCGCAUCGCACAGGUCAGAGGACAGCAUUACGACUUGGUGUUGAAUGGAGUUGAGAUUGGAGGUGGCUCGGUGCGAGUGCAUGACCCAGAGAUGCAGGAAUACAUCUUCUCGCAGAUUCUGCAGCUUACGGAAGCGGAGAAAUCCACAUUCGGCCACCUGCUGCAUGCACUCCGGUGUGGUGCGCCACCGCACGGCGGCAUUGCACUAGGCUUUGAUCGACUGAUGUCCAUCUUGUGCAAUACAAACACCAUUCGGGAUGUCAUUGCCUUCCCCAAAACGGGCGCAUCCACGGACCCGCUGUUCAAGAGCCCUUCUCCGACCACAUCGGAUGUCCUGGCAACCUACGGUCUCGCGCCUUGCCGAAACCUCGCGUAACCCACCACAUAAUUUGAUAUGCUACAUGUCGCAAUACCAGCACUAAUCAC